AUGAUCCGCCCAAGAAGUGGUGACUUCAUAUAUACGGGAGACGAGAUUGAUGUUAUGUUGGAGGAUUUACGAGCCAUGAAGGGCAUCGGCGUUACUGGAUUUGUGUUUGGAGUCCUGAACAGUAGCGGAGCUUUGGACGAAGCCAAUUGUUGUCGACUCAUACAAGCUGCUCGACCGCUUCGUUGUACUCUUCAUCGUGCGUUUGAUCUGGUGAAAGACUGGAAAACAGCACUCGAACUAGCGGCCAAAUUGGGUUUCAAGGCGAUUCUUACAAGUGGCCAAGCAGCAACAGCCAUGGAUGGCGCCCGUCGUUUGAAGAAGAUGCAAGAAGCGGCCGAAGAUAGGCUACAAAUUAUGGCUGGUCCGUUAAAAUUGACGUGA